UGGAGAUCGAGGAUUUCGAGUACGACGAGGACGAAGGAAUCUAUUAUUAUCCUUGUCCGUGUGGCGAUCAAUUUCAAAUUACUCUCGCCGAUUUGGCCAGCGGCGAGGAAGAAGUCACAUGUCCUUCCUGCUCUCUUGUGAUUAAGGACAUCACAUAACAAAAAUGGCAGGACGUGGCAAAGGAAAAGCUAGUAUGUCUUUCUCUAUGGAGCAAUUAGGCUUCUCUAAGGGAGACAUGCUACCAGCACCAGUUCUGCAACCAUCGCCAAGUUAUCCCAUGUUGGAUCAUAAGCCUUUACCAAUACAGAUGACAACCGAAAUGAGCUAUUUAGUAGAAUUAAAGAGAGAUUUUACUGAGUAUAUGCGAGAGUCGUCAAAUAAUGUGCAAGCGGUCAUAUUGAAUGAAGACAUUGAACGAUAUUGUGAGGAUUAUGAAGAGACUAUCACAGGAUAUAAUAGAUCAGAAUAUGAAUCGAAAUAUGAUUGGAGCAGAAUGCCGAUGGAAUUAAAAUCAUCGCGGAAGCGUAAAAUCGAACAGAGUGUAAAGCCGGAUAAAAAAAGGAAAAUCAUGAAAACAUCUAAUAUUGAAAAUAAACUGAUAGAAUUGGAGAAAGAAGAAAGUACACAGCGGCUUAAUACAGAGGAGGAGGUGGAAGAUGAAGAAGAGGAUGAAGACAAAAACAAGGAAGAGGAGCAUGUGAAGGAUGAGGAGGAAGUAGAUGAGGAAAUGGAUGAUGGGACUGAUUAUGCAAAUGAUUAUUUUGAUACUGGUGAAAAUUAUUACAGUGAAGACGAUAAUGAUGAUGGACCUGUUUUUUGAUAAGUGAAUUUAAUGCAUUCUCUAUUUUAGAAUUAUUGAUCUUUUCAGGAUUUGAAUAUUGACAAUGCUGCAAACUAAACUCAUUUAUGUGAUGUGUAAAUUUUUUUGUUAUUUGUAAUCACAUAUGCUGUUAAUUUUAUAUAGUAUUAUAUAUUGUCUGUGGAUAAAAAUCAAUUAACAUGCAAGUUUAAUUAAUGUUAAAUUGGGGAUGAAUAUAUCAUGACGAGCUCAAUUGAA